AUGACUCGUUCUCCAUCACCUUCCUUUGGUGCCACCCAACGCAAGAAAUCAUAUUCACCCCAACCGUCUCCUGCUCCAUUCCUUACACCUAACCCAUUCGAUGAUCCUCAGAAACCACUGGGAUUCUCAUUCGCCUCAUCAGCUUCGAGACCUCUACCUAGACGAUUACUUUCACUCCAAUCGUCUUCGUCUUCUUCUUCUUCUUCUUCUUCUUCUCAGAGGGUGACUCCAUACUCUAUCCCAAGUCCCAUAUCACCCAUCUCACCUAUUUCGUCUCCUUCUCUACCUUCUAAACCAAAACGACCCACUAUCUCUCAUCGAUCACAUUCGUUCUGCGCCUCGAGUUCCAAUGCAACUUAUGCACUUGCAUCUGCCCCUUCCUCCGGACACUUAUCUCCCGAUAAGAGGGUCUUGGUGGCUCCUCCGCUGGAGAGGACGUUGAGUUCGAUAGGUCAAAAGGGAAAUACAUCACCACCUACUCAACAGAUGCAAAGACCUCUCGGAAUGGGUAUGGGUAUUGAGAAUAUCAGCUUACAGAGGACUCCUACGAGGACUAAUUCUAGUCUCAGAGGUGGAAUACUAAGUGAAAAAGAUGUAAAUUCCCAAUCACCACCAUCCAUUCCAACCAUCUAUGUACACCCAUCCCUUACUCCACCAAGACCAUCAUUAUCUACCAGACAACAAGAUGAAUCUUCCAGAUCAUCGUCUUUCGCUUCCUCAGCAUCGACCGCUAUCCUAACCCCGACUACACCACACGACCUUCUGUUCAAGAAUGAUCGACUGGCAAAAGAUGAUGGUGAAGAUGACGAAGAGGAGAUUCAAGAUGAAGUUCAAGGUGAUAAUGAUCUUACACAAGGUGUCGAUCAUCUCAUGAUUCAACAAUGA